UCUUUAAAAAUCUUCAUGCUGUGUGGACGUAUUUUCGCAGUUCACGCUUCUCAAAAAGUAAAAAAAAACUAGCAUAUACUAAUUAAAAUUAAAAUAUUCAAGGGAAGUGUAAAAAAUUAAUAAAUCAAACAAUUCUAUAUUAAAGAAAACUUAAUAAAUUAUUUCAAAAUAACGUUUUAAACAAAAGUAAGAAUUUUUAUCAAUAAAUAUACUGCGUUUCUUAAUAAAAUGAGUACAACGGAUGGCAGCAACGGUACGGGGGGUGGUGGUGCUCCAGGACCAGGAGGUGGUACAGGUGCUGGUCCCGGAGGAGGUUCAACAGCAACAACACCAACAGGAGAACCCUUAAAAAUUAUAAAAACCCAAUUAAUACCCCAUCCACAUCCAGCAUCUUUACAACACCAACAAUCACACCAUUCACCAUUGCCUUCACCAACAUCAACUCCAACACCGACACCUUCUUCUACCACUUCUACUACAACAUCCAAUCUUAAUAAUCCACAAAUAGCACAUGUCCAUGCUCCCAUACAAUUGAAAAAUCCCACAAAUGUAACAAAUUUAUUCUCUUUAAAUCCAGUUGCAGCAAAAAUAACGCAUGUUAAGACAACAACGCUUGAUGCAGCUAAUAAUAGUGGUCUCACCUUAAGUGGUUUGUCGCAAGCGUCUGGUGGUGGUGCCGGUGCUACUGGAACAAUCGUAACAAGCGGGGGUCUAUCGACAGUGGGUGCCAUUAAGGUGGGUAAUAGUGGUGCAGUGGCUACUUCGUUAAGUGGCACCCCCAUUGCCUUGAAUACAUCACAAACAAAUACUUCGGGUGCCACUUCUAUAAGGGCCAUAGGUGCGGGGGGACAAUCGACCCAGGUGAGAGUUGUUAUGGGUAAUAUAAUGACACCUUCAAUGAUAAAGCAAUUGGAAAAUGCUGGCCCCGGACGUACACAAAUCACAGCAUUUCCUACGGCUCCUGCAAGAUCGGUAUCAAAUACUUCCAUAACGGUUACCCGAACAGCAACACAAGCUACAUAUUUACCAAGAGCCAGUGUAACAGCCACACAAAUGACCGGUGUAGGUUUAGGAGUGCCAGCAGGUCAAAGAUUAGUAACACCCAUACGUACGACACCCGCAUCUGUAACUGCCACUGGAGCAGGAGCCACUGUUACGGGUAUAACAGCAGCUGGAAAUUUUGUAAGAGGAACAGCUGUAAGUCGCAAUACAUCAUCACCGGCCACUACUGUUAUAUCGCCCGCCACCAGCACUACUUGGAUGGCAGCCAAUACAGGGCAAGUGCAAUUAAUACGUGCCAUACCACAUCAAUCCAGACAACGCAUUAUUACCACACAAGGUAUUAGUGGUUCUCCUGUUUCGACCGUAGCUUCUGUUAGUGGCACCGUAGUUACUAGCACAGCCUCUGCUCUACAGACAGCAGGUCUAGGUAAUCCUCAACAAACAAAUAAUGCACAACAAAAUCAACAACAAUCCACCAUACAAGCCGUUUCAUCUGCUGCUCCACCACAACAGCAACAACAAACUUAUGUUGCCACUGUUUUACCACCCCGUCAUCAACUAGUCUAUUCCUCUAAUGUGGCCACUUCUCAACCCUUAAACCAACAACAGCAGCAACAGUUCAAUCAAACCUCUGUGGCUAAUACUGGUCCACGUUUUGCUGUUGCCACUCCCUUAACAGCAGGAACUGUUGGCUCUACAGGUGCUCCUCGUCAAAUACGACCAAUACCAUUUGCUAAAUCAUUUUCAGCAGCCAAAUUAAAUACAACCAGUAUAAGUAUAAGAGCUCCUAAUCUAACACCCACCAUAGCUACGGGUGUUUCAAAUGCUAAUGUUGGCGGUAAUAAUGCAUCAAAUUCACCACGCAGUACUACUGUUACAGGAGUAACAUCAACAGCAAAUGUUUUACCCUCCUCAAAUUUAUCGGCGACACGUAUUAUACAAUUGCAACAACAACCGGGUGGUACAGCUCAACAGAUUAUAGGGACAACGGGACGUUUAGCAGCGAAUGUUAUGUUGCAACCGAUAAUUGUUAAUACUUCGGGAACUAAUAAAAUUGGCAUACGUCCUCCUGUAACAAUGGCAGCCAAAGUACAACCUUCUUUAACUAUUACCCAACUGGGUAUUGGCAAAUUACCUUCAUCCUCUGGUGGCGGUUCAGGACCCUCAGCUUUAGGACCACAAAAUUUGACUGGCGUUAAUACCAGCACCGGCAGCAAUUCACCUUCUAUAUCAACAGCCAGUAUAACAGCCACCAAUUUGUCAACAAAUGCCACCACACAACUGGUAAAUGUUUCACAGGGUGGUCAACUCUUAACCACACAAAAUAUUGUAACCUCAAGUGCAGGAGGUACUGCAGCGGGAGGAGCCACCGUAGUACCCUUGGCAAUUAGUACAAGAGGAGCUGGGGUUGGUGGUAAUAUUAUAACAGGUACUAUGACCCCCAUUAAAAAUGCCAAUGCUAUAACGGUGGGUAAAGUAAUGACCCAGGCACAAUUGGCAUCUGCGGCAGUCUCACCUUUGGAAAAUAUUAACAAUUCGAAUACAGCUAAUAAUGCGGGAAAUAAUACAGCCACAAAUGUUUUCAUACAUCAUGCUCCUGCACCCCAGAGACCGCAUAGUAAUAGCAGCACUAGUAGUAUCAGCAGUGGCAUUAAUACUUCACAAAAUACCGUAAAUGUUUCCAAUACUGGAGCUACAAAUGUUUUAACUUCUACUGGCAAUGUGGCUACUGGUACAUUUUUACAACCCGGCAGUACUAUAUACUAUGAAUCCGUACCCGCCAGUUCGGUACAAGUAUCCACGGGUGUUUUGUCGCUUACCACCACCACCGUGACCAGCAGUACUAUGUCGCAGAAUCAAAUAGCCAGCACAGCGGCAAAUUUAUCGAUCUCUUCGUUGCCAUAUGUAUCACACUCAGGUGGUCAAUCCACCACCGCCACCUUUACAGUUGUGCCAUCUACGGUUGGUCGUACCAUAGGACAAUUGCAAAUUCCGGUAUCAAGUGCUGGUACCCAAAUACAGGCAGUUCCCGUUAGAUUUAGUCAACUUAGUGCGGGUAAUUUAUCGACCGCAGCUGCAGAUGCCAUAGCUGUUUCGCAGGCCACGCCUCAACUAAUACAGCAAGCUGCAGGCUCUUCUUUGGGUGUGGCGGGACUAGGAGAAACCUCUCAAAUUAUCAUACCAGCCUCAGUGGCACAGCAAUCUAAUCAAUCCUCAAUUAAUACUCUAAAUUCGCAACAAACCCAUCAGAUGGUUAUACCCCUACAGACUUCAAUAAAAGUAACUUCAGGUGCUAACGCUGGUGGUUCGACUGUUGUCUCCAACUUUUUGCGUAAACGUGAUGUCGAGGGUUCACCCAUUAGAGCGGCCAAAAAUCUACAACCAACUCUUCUAUCAAUGGGCAAUACAAAUAUGUUAGCGACAAACUCUUCCUCCUCCCCGGCCUCUUCUUCAGUGGGUAGUUCUUAUAGUUUAACUUCGGUUACCUCAAGUGCUCUCAGUUCUGCUACCACUCUGACCGCUGAAGCCUUGGCCAAAAAGGAUCGCUGUAACACCAUUUACACAUCCUCCUCCAUUGCGAACUUAAACAACAAUACCGGCACACCUAAUCUUAUAUCGAAUAGAAACUCGAGAGCAGAAUCACCUGCUUCUUCGGAUGGCAGUACCACCGUAUCAGCUAAUUCCUCACCGGGUGUGGAUCAGCAAAUACAAGAUAAUAAUAUGAUUAUAAAUCGUUUACCAGGGGUGGCGGCAAAUGUAGAUGCUCACUUUAAUCCAAUCAAUGAGGUAAGUUUUGUUUUUCUAACUGCUGUUUGCUAUUUUCUUUAAAAGUGCAAAAUA